UAACAGAAUUUAAAGGACUUCAUACGUAAUUUUAUCCUUUUAGCGUCAUCCUGGCUCCCCGCAAGCGAAAAUUGAAUGAUGAUCCAGUGGAAACGGAGCCUGUGAAAGUUGUUGCCAAGAACGCAAUCAAGAAACGCAAAACAGACAAGAUGGGAAACAUAAUUUCAGCGGUAAAAACGGCGAUUGAAGGACCCGAGCCGCGCGCUCGAUCAACCACAACAGCAACAAAAGUCCAAAAACCAAAAGUGCCAAAGAUCCAUGUAACGAAGCAUGACAGAGUCGCUGCCUGGGUGAACGAAAGUGUUUCACCUGAACGCGUCCUUGCACCCAAAAUCCACGAUACGGGCGAAAUUUCCAGCUACUUGAACGAUAAAUACGGGAAACGACCUUGGUCCAAACAUGAACUCCUUGCAGUUUUGGAAAACCUUCCUUUGUCUCAAGCACAUUCCAUUUGUCAACUUUUCGACGAAGACAACUCAAUUCCUUUCCUGUGUCGUUACCGAAGAGAUUUAAUUGGACCUGAAAUUGACGCCGAACGCCUACGUGACAUCAAAAACACGUACAAUCAGAUUCUAGCGAUCCGCGCCAAAGCAGAAUCGGUCAUCAAGAAGUUGGAGAGCAAAAAUGUUCUCACGCCAGAAAUUAAAGUCGAGCUCCUUUGCGCAAAAACUUUGGACCAAGUCGAUCAUUUGUACGAGCCUUAUAAGGAACGCAAGAACUCCGCUUACGAAAAAGCGGUUGAGCUCGGUUUGGAAGUACAUGCCGUUAAUAUGCUCCGCGGCAGAGGUCCUCCCAUGAAAUUUGAGACUUUUGUCAAUCAAUCGAACGAAUCGUUGAGCACGACGAAAAAAGUCGAAGAUUUCUUCAAAAGUGUCAUUGUUCAUGACAUCGCAAAGAACCCAGAAGUGCUUGAUCAGUUGAGAGAUCUUCAAUUAACGCACAAAAUUGAGCUGACCUCCACUGUGGUGAAGAAAAAAGAAUCUAAAGACGCGAAUUCUAAGGGAAAAAACAAGGAUCAAGACCACAAAUUUGAAAAUUACUUUGAUUUCAAACAAAAUAUCGCCUAUUUGAAGCCACAUCAGAUCCUCGCCAUCAAUCGUGGCGAAAAUUUAAAGAUUCUCAGUGUCAAAGUCGUGCCCAGCGAUUAUGUGAAACGAGAUUUGCUGCGAUUCACGCGAGAUUUGUACAUGAAAUCCGGCACGCAUUACAUUCUCCGCACAAAUAUGUUCGAUAUCGCCUUCGAAGAGGCCUGGAACAAAAAAUUGUUACCAUUAGUACAAAGACAAGUGCGAUCGAAUCUUACAACGACCGCCGAACAGCAGUCGAUAAAAGUUUUCGCAUCGAAUUUGAAGCAACUUCUCUUGAUGGCGCCCGUCAAAGGUGAACCCAUACUCGGAAUUGACCCGGGAUUCAGUAAUGGAUGCAAAAUGGCUUUGAUUUCUGAACGUGGCGAUGUCCUUGAAACAUUUACGUUGUAUCCGUUUACCAAAAAUGAUAGACAAUCUGAGGAACAUGCCUUAAAAAUGGCAUCGGCCAUGAAUCGUCACAAUUGCAAACUGAUUGCUCUCGGAAAUGGAACUGCUUGUCGUGAAACGGAGACUUGGAUCACGAAUUUGAAGAGCAAGGGAGUUUUACGAUCAGAUGUUCGUUAUUGUAUAGUUUCCGAACAAGGAGCUUCAAUCUAUUCCUGCAGCGAAACAGCGAAGAAAGAAUUUCCAGAUGUUGAUAUUAACAUAAUUUCCGCCAUUUCCAUCGCGCGACGCUUAAAUGAUCCAUUGUGCGAAUUCGUCAAAGUUGAUCCAAAGAGCCUAGGUGUCGGAAUGUAUCAACACGACAUCAAUGCAAAGGUCCUCUCCGAAACGCUGGAUGAAGUCGUCAUCGAAUGUGUCAGCUUUACCGGUGUCGAUAUCAACACAGCGAGUGUUGCCCUCCUCAAACACGUUGCCGGUCUCACGGAGAAGCGAGCUAACCAAAUAUUGGAGUAUCGAGCGAAAAAUGGUCCCUUCAAAGCCCGCCAAGACGUCAAAAAAGUAAACUUAAUUGGUCCCAAAACCUUCGAGCAAUGUGCUGGAUUUAUCAGAAUUGAUCCUGCCACCGCUGGAAUUCGCAAAGAUCAAUAUUGCGUCUUGGACUCGACAACCGUCCAUCCCGAAAGCUACGAAAUUGCCGAAAAAAUAAUUCGAGAGUGCCAAAUGACCGUAUCGGAUAUUGGAACACCAAAGUUUAUCAAGGCGAUUAAGGGAUAUGCGAAAAGUUUGGAUCCCCAGACGUUCUCGAAGAAGUAUGGCGUGCCUUACGAACGACUUGUGACCGUGUUUGAGAGUUUGGAAAAGGAGCUGUUCCAUGAUUUUAGAAUGGAUGUCAAUAAUAAGCCGCUUUUCAAGUCGGGAUUGACAAAAAUGACAGAUUUGAAGGAAAAUACGGUGGUUUCGGGAGCCGUAACGAACAUUUGUGACUUUGGAGUCUUUGUUGAUAUUGGUGUCGAGUGUAACGGCCUCAUCCAUCAGAGCAAAAUGAACGGAAUGAAGGUUAAAAUUGGUGAUAAAGUGGAGGCGACUGUUUUGAGCAUCGACGCGAAUCGAAAUCGGAUCGGACUUGCCUUGAAAAGUAUUUUGUAAGAAAAAAUGUUGACAAUAAAGUGUUUCUUUUUUUACCUUUUUUGAUAAAUCUUACUAUUUUU